AUGGCCAAGAAGCGGCGCACCAAGAAGCGGAAGGGAACCAGAACACGACAAGACCCCGCCCAGGGCGCAUCUUCCAGCAUGUCGACAACGGACGAACUUGCCUCGCACUCGAGCGACGGCCUAUCGAGCGGCUUGCGCGAGAGCGAGAGUGCUGCCACCGAGAUGACAAGUAUUAUGGGCACCGAAGAGACGUCGCAGGGUGGUCUCGAGGCCGACGACGACUGGAAUUCGCAGGAGGAAGAACUGAUGGAGGCCGAAGAUGACGAUGACAACUUUUCCGUGUUCGCGCCCAGUCACUAUCCCCGACCGAGCGAGUCGCAUAGGUCCGAGAUGCCCUAUAGUAUGAUGCAGAAUCAUCAAGACAUGUCAUCGACGCGGUCUUUCAUGGAGCGAGAAUUAGAUUACCAGUGGGAGAACGGCCGUCGGUAUUGUGGCCCGCACUACCAUCUCCCCAACGACGAGUGGGAAAUGUGCCGCAUGAGCUUGAUUCACCGAGUUUACCUACACGUUUUCGAUGGCAAGUUGAGCACGGUGCCAUUGGACAGCCCUCAGAGGAUACUGGACAUCGGCACGGGCAUCGGCGAGUGGGCGAUAGGCAUGGCGGACGAGUACCCCAACUGCGAGGUCAUUGGCACGGAUAUUUCCGCCAUUGCGCCCACGUCAAUACCGAUGAACUGCUUCUUCGAGGUCGACGAUGCUGAGCUGGAGUGGGAGCGCGAACUCAACUCGUUCGACCUUGUGCAUUUCCGACAUAUGAUGGCAUCUUUUACGGACUGGAGCUUCAUCUACAAAGAGGCAUUCAAAGUCAUCCGUCCCGGCGGUUGGAUUGAGCUGUUGGAUUGGGAUGACCAGCAAGGUUUCAAGAAGUUUUUGUCGGAAUUCCCCCCAACAUCCGAGAUCCACGAACUGGCAAGAGACGUUACGAUCGCGGGCACCAAGUCGGGCCGGGCACGCGGUGUCGCGCACAUGAACCCAAAGCUGUUGACUGAUGCCGGAUUUACGGACAUCAAGUUGACGGAGCACAUGAUUCCAAUCAACGUGGAGGCAAACGAAGGCAAGCUAUGGCUGAUUGCAUGCAUUGACGGACUGGAGGCCGAGUGCCUGAGGCCGUUGACGAAGUACAUGGGCUGGGAGCCAGACCGGGUCAAGACCGCAUGCCAUAAUGUCGCCAAGGAGCUGGCCCGCCUGGCAAGGGACCCUGUCAAAUCCCAUGGACUCAUUAUCAAGGCCCGUGUAUUGGUCGGAAGGAAGCCACCUGGCGUGGUGACGCCGCAGCCGCCGAGGGUGUUCCAAAGGUCCUUUGACGAUGCGUCAGAAACGGACGAUACAGCCAGAGAGGAUAACCACAGCCGACACAAGGGCGAGGAUAAUCCCCGUGAGCCAAGGGCGGAUAUUGAAAGCUGA